UCAAUACAAAUCAACUCGUCAAGCCUAUCUAUCAUGGGAUUCAAUUCAAAAGCCGCCAUUUUCCAUCGUCUAUAGCUAGCUAGCUUUGGCUCUCGUUCUCGAUCGCUAAGGAUUUUCACCAUCAAGUUUGAGCUCUGCUACUUGUGCUGAACUACAUAUCGAAUAAAUUCAUAUAUUUCUUUAUACAUACAUGGAUUUACUCACACAAUACGAACGUGUUUUCAACCACUUCGACUCCAACGGCGAUGGUAGAAUAUCCUCGUCGGAGUUGCAGCAAUGCGUCGGAGCAAUAGGCGGAGAGCUUUCGAAAGCGGACGCCGAGGCGGCGGUGGAGCACUUGGACUCCGACGGAGAUGGGUUGUUGGGGUUGGAAGACUUUGUUAAGUUGGUUGAAGAAGGCGAGGAAGAAGAGAAAGUGAAAGACUUGAGAGAGGCUUUUAAGAUGUAUGAAAUGGAUGGGUGUGGUUGUAUUACCCCAAAAAGCCUUAAGAAAAUGCUUAGUAGACUUGGUGAGUCUAAGAGCCUUGACGAGUGUAAACUCAUGAUUGCUACCUUUGAUCUCAAUGGUGAUGGUGUUCUCAAUUUUGAUGAGUUUAAGGUUAUGAUGUUGUAAACGUUAGUAUUGAUCGAUCAUGAUGUAUUAUUAUGUAGAUUUGUACCAAUACAUGUAUUCAUAUUAUUUGUGUGUAAUUCAUUGAUUUUUAUUACAUUCAUUAUUAAUAAUAACAAUAAUAUUUUUUUA